UUCACCUACAAUUCACUUACAAUCUUACGCCGCACAGUGUGAACUGUUAUCAGUGAUCACACUGCUGUAAGCUGUUAGGCUGUUUGGUUUUCAAAGAAAUCAUUGGUCUAAACACCGAAUAAGAUUUGACAAUGACCUCGAAUCCGAUACACAGCAGGGGUCAGCUUGCGCUUUGCAUAUGGAUUUCAGGUUGCAUACUGUCUCUUGUUGGAGCAGCGUCGACAGACCCGGAGCUAAAGAAUGAAGGCGUGUCCUGCCAGUUUGCCGGGAAUUUGUGCGGCUGGACUGCUACUCCAGAAAAGACAUGGAAGAAUUCAUCGACUCCGUUAACGGCUUUUUCCGUUAGUCCAAUAGGAGAGCUGUCACUCAAUAUCCUCCCCACUCCAGGAGAAAACGAAUGGAUGAUCGCAGUAACGAAUUCUGCCACGGCUGCCGAAUUACUUUCCGAGCCCAUAUCUCUUAGCAGCCACCAUACUUUGUCGUUUGACGUUGUGCAACAGGAUAAAAACGGUUCUCUCGAGCUGCAUUUAGUGCCAGUGGAUGGAUCUCCUCCAAUUCUCAUCCACACUACCGGAUACCAGUGGACUUGGUACACAAUACCGAAUACGCUGGUUAAUCUCCAGCCUCGAGACGGCCUUUUCCGGCUAAGGUUCAGUGUGCAAGUGCAAGGUUACGGAUUGUGGGCAGGCCUAGCUAAUAUCGUCCUUAUAAAAGCAGACGAUGAAAGUCACGUGACAACUAUUUCGGUGGAUACGACAUCCGCACCACUCUUGACCUCAACCAUAGCCGCACCGGCAACGUGCGCCAUCGGCUGGGGAACAACACCGAUAACGGCCCGCUGUCGUAGAGGUGUCGUAGAGAUGGACACAACGGAUUUCCAGACCAGCGACGCUGUGGAAGCGGUAUUUGCCGGCGACAGCACCUAUCCCUGUCGCACACAUUUGCGCAAUUUGCAUUUGUGGCUACUGCGCACGGCGGGAGUCGCCACGUCGCGGUCAAGCCAGCCUCAACCAACAGUUGUGACUUGUGCAAAAGGACAAGUUGCGUUUAGUGAACGAGACCCAGAUGCUGCCGAGUCGCCGCACUUGAUCUUUCGCACUGCGUCCGUGGAUUUCAAAUGUCGCAGUUUAUUUGUUCAAUUUUUGCAGCGCAUGGCGUCCAUUAAAUAAAUUGGAGACUUGAUUGCAAUUGUAGUGAAAUUUCACGAGUUCACGGGCUUUUGUUAGGUUGGCGGUUUUGUUCAGCUGCACACUGUGCUGCAUGUUUCCAUAUUAGUUAAUGCCGCUCUUUCUCUAACUCGUAGUUUAAUGUUAACAAGGACCGGCUAGUGCAAAGGAUGUUCGCUUAUAAAAUGCUGAUUAUACUG